UUGCCAACUUUAGUUAUGUGGGGUGAAAUCGACGAUCCCGUGAAACCCAAACCGAGUCCUUGUGAAAGCAAAGAUAGGUGCGAAGAAGCAGAGGAAGCCGAGAUACCGUCGCAGAUAUGCUUUCAAACCAGACCAAGACACGAACCAAGCCCGGCACCACCAGCGAACUUCCAGGCGGAGUCCAGGUGUGUCUUUGCCAUGAUUGAGGGGAUUGUCAUGAGUGGCAGCCUGGUCAAGAGCCAGCAGAUAGGAGAGGCUGAGCUGACGGUGGGGGAGCGCAAACAGGAGCUCCUCCAUCAGUACCGGAGCAGACCGCUGGUGUUCCUGGAGAGGUACCAUGCCUGUCUGAAGCCCGAGCACCUGCCGGCCUUUGCCCACGUCUGCUCGGACCCCAGAGCGCAGCACUACAGCCAGGUGGUGCAGACGCGGGCAGCGGGCCGGACCCACAGGACUAAGGUCCGGAAUCAGCGCUACGCUGCCCUGAGGGCUCUGCAGAAGGAGGGGACGUACUUCAGUGAGGAGCAGAUGCGGAUCAGGGAGCCUCUGCUGUAUGAACAGUAUAUCGGCCAGUACCUGACCGAUGAGGAGGUGCUGGAGCGCUCCCAGGAGGCCAUGUUAGAUGGUGGCGGUGAGGCUCCCGGGGGGGGCACGGGAGGGCUGGCACAGCUCCUCCUGAACUCCUACCAGGAGCGCCUGAUCCAGCACCGCCUGCAGGAGGAGCAGGAGAGGGAGGACGGAGCCGAGGAGGAGGAUGAGGAGGAGGAGGACGAUGAGGUCCGGGUUCAGCAGAAGGACUGGGAGCCCACUCAGGAGGAGAAGGCCCUGCUCAGGGAGGAGUUCAUCAGCCAGAUGCACCAGCGCUUCCUGGAUGGCAAGGACAAGGAUUUCAACUACAGUGAGGUGGACGGGAACCCCGACUACGACAACCUGGACAUCGUCAGCAGAGACGCGGAGGAUAGGUACUUUGACGAAGAUGAUGAUGAAGAAGAGGAGGAUGAGAUGGAAGAAGAAAACAUGACAGAAUAG